AUGGCUGAUCCAUACAGUAUCUUGGGCCUCACCGGCCCGGCUGAGCAAGUCGUCCGCCUCAUCGCAAGUCUCAUCGAACGACACAAAGCCUACAAGGAAAACAAAAAGCUCUCUACCGAAAUGCUCACCGCGUAUACCACCUUGCAGGCAGACAUCACGGAGCUGAAAAACAUGCCGAUCCAUGGAACGUCGUCGCAGCACACGGGCUUGCUCCAACGUGAAAUCGAGGGCCUCUCAAGCUUCAUAUUGAAGUCCCUCGAAGAGCUACAGAAAGAGUCGAAAGACCCAAAUGCGAAACUCGCUGCGUACGCCUAUGCAAUGGGAGAUAGAGAAGUCCUAGAGACGCGCAAGCAAGAAGCGUGCCGCCUUCACGAUCGCCUUCUCAAUGCAAGCACGGGCAUCGAUACUCGCGCGGCGGUCAAGCAAGAAGCGGACCGCCUUCACAAUUGUAUUCAACAAGUAAGCGCGGCCGUCGAGUCGACCAGGGGAGGUACGGGUGAUACCUUCAGGGCGUCGAUAAGAGCCGAACAUAAUCCUGCGUCGAUAUAUGUGAAGCUUGAUUCUCGGGGGAGCGAUGGAUUACCAAACACGUGUGAGUCGCGUCUAAAAGCGGCUGUGCUUCGGAGAGAUAGGAACAAGCAAGUGGGUGCGACAGCAGUGGGACAGGGCGGAGUCGGGAAGACAUGUGCCCUUCGAGCGAUCGCACACGACGAUGAGAUUAAGGCGGAAUUUUCGGGAGGAGUGUACUUCAUGUCGUUGGGGAAAGACGGAAACGUGGGACGGCUGAUUGAAGAACUGUGUCUGAGUGUGGAAGCGUCCGGCGGGAACCAGACGGCUGUGGAAAUGCGAGGGCAGAGCGAGUUUGAAAGGGUGUUAGCGAAGGUACAAGCGUGGUUUUGUAGUCAUGUGUGUCUGUUUAUCAUUGAUGAUGUGUGGGUGGUGAAUGAUAUAGAUGCGAAUAUCCUUCAAAAGUUGUCUGUUCUGGCUGAGACUGCGGGGAGCAGCGGGGGAAAGACGAGCAGACUACUGUACUCCACGAGGGAUAAGGAGCUGCGUCAGAUUGGGGAGCGGGUUGCUUUCGAGCCGAGGGAGAAAGUAGGGAAAGAAGCAGUUGAGAUGCUUGUGCACGCGAGUGAGGCGAAUCGAGAGGAGGUGGAUGAUGCGAGAUGCAAGGAAGCCGUGAGUGAAAUACUGAAAAUGUGUGGCGGAUUGCCGCUUGCGCUGAACGUGGCGGGAACGAGCGUGAGGUACAUGAGGGAAAGAUGGGAGGGAGAAGUAUCAGAAGCAUGGGGGGCGUACCUUUCGAGGAUGGAGAGUCGUAACACGAUUCGCGGUGAGAGUCCGAAGGACGGAUAUUCGUCGUUGGAUGGGACGUUGCAUACGUCACUGGAUAUCCUGGAGUCGGAUGUGGGAAGGAGUGGGGAGACGGUUGAUGAAUUUUCGUUUCGAAAGAUGCACCGGAGUCUGUGCGUUAUGAAGAAGCAAGACCGGAUACCUUUGAGUUUGGUUGGAGAUUUGUGGGAGAUGGACGAGGAGCGGACGGAAAGGUGUGCAAAGGAGAUGGAAAGGGUUGGACUAGUGGAAGUGCAGUAUGAGAAGGAUUGUGGUGGGUUGCGGGUGCAUGAUCUGACGCACGAUUUCGCGGUGGAUGAAGCGAAGAAGAAGGAGGGUGUAGAAGAGUGGUAUAAGAAGAUGGCGGAUGUGUGCAGGGCAGGAGAAGGGUUGCUUGCGAUGAGUGAGGACCGAGACGGAGAGGGGAAGAGCGCACGGGAGGAGUAUGUUUUCGAGAAUAUAUAUCGUUUUUUGAAACAGGGUGGGUGUGUAGAGGAGCUGAAGAGGCUAUUUUUGAGUGCGCGAUGGGUGAAGACAGUGAUACGGAGAGGCGGGGUUUGGCAAUACGAGGAAGCUGUGAAGGGAUUGAGUAGAGACUUGAAGGGGAAAAGAGGAAGCGGGAAGGUGGGAAUGGGACGGGGAGAUGAGGAUGCAGUGGAUGGAAUGGUUUUGAUGAUGCGGGCGGCGCGACUGAGUGUACCGUUUUGUGGUGAAAACAGUGCCGGGAUUUACUUUCAACUAUAUGGGCGAGUGAAGCACAAGGCACGGGAUUCAAGUUGUGUGCGAAAAAUGCUGGAGGAAAUUGAGAGAUACGCACCACGGCCGUGGGUGCGGCCUGUGAGUGAGUGUGUAGCGCGAGCCGAUGGAAAGAUGGUGGAGCAGAUUGUUCUGCCAUAUGCCAGUCCUGAAAUUCAAGUGGGCAUGGAUUCCAGUGGUGAAGUGUAUGGAUGUGAAGUGGAGGAGUCCGGGGCAAAAGUAACAGUUUUCACGCAAUCUGCUGAGAAGGAGACGAAGAUAGUUGAAUUGGAAGGCGAGUUCGAAACGGAGAGCCAGGGCCCAGGGGCCAGUGAAACAAGCAGUCAAUUAGAAGGCGAGUUCGAAACGGAAAGCCAGGGCCCAGGGGAUCUUGAAGCAGGCAGGCGCAAAAUGUGUCGGCGUUUGAGGGCAUAUUUUGGAAUGUGCCUUGGAAGUUUAACCUCCGAAGUGACUGGAGAAAACCCGAGCGUGACUGCAGAAAACCCGAGCGUGACUGCAGAAAGCCCGAGCGUGACAAUAGCCACCUGCGCGACUCUCUGUGAGAGGAAGGAGAAUGUUGUUGUGGGAUAUGAAGACGGGACGUUGAGGCUGUGGAGUACGUCGGAGAGGAAAGUAUUGAGAAUUUUCCGCGGUCACAAGUCGAAAGUGGUUUGCGUUGCGAUGAGUGGGGACGGAAGACGUGUGGUAUCUGGAUCCCGGGACAAGAGCGUGCGGGUGUGGGACGUAGAGACGGGAGCACAAGUCGGGGAGGCGUUAGUUGGACACACGGGUGGAGUGGCUAGCGUUGCGAUGAGUGGGGACGGAAGACGUGUGGUAUCUGGAUCGUUUGACAAGAGCGUGCGGGUGUGGGACGUGGAGACGGGAGCACAAGUCGGGGAGGCGUUAGUUGGACACACGGAUUUGGUGGUUAGCGUUGCGAUGAGUGGGGACGGAAGACGUGUGGUAUCUGGAUCGGAUGACAAGAGCGUGCGGGUGUGGGACGUAGAGACGGGAGCACAAGUCGGGGAGGCGUUAGUUGGACACACGGAUUUGGUGGUUAGCGUUGCGAUGAGUGGGGACGGAAGACGUGUGGUAUCUGGAUCGGAUGACAAGAGCGUGCGGGUGUGGGACGUACAGACGGGAGCACAAGUCGGGGAGGCGUUAGUUGGACACACGGCGUUCGUGGUUAGCGUUGCGAUGAGUGGGGACGGAAGACGUGUGGUAUCUGGAUCGUUUGACAAGAGCGUGCGGGUGUGGGACGUGGAGACGGGAGCACAAGUCGGGGACGCAUUAGUUGGACACACGGCGUUCGUGGUUAGCGUUGCGAUGAGUGGGGACGGAAGACGUGUGGUAUCUGGAUCGUGGGACGAGAGCGUGCGGGUGUGGGACGUGGAGACGGGAGCACAAGUCGGGGACGCAUUAGUUGGACACACGGCGUUCGUGGUUAGCGUUGCGAUGAGUGUGGACGGAAGACGUGUGGUAUCUGGAUCGGAUGACGGAAGGGUGCGGGUGUGGGACGUGGAGAGAGGGAUCACACUUCAUACCGGAAGGCAAGAGGAUUUGGAAGAAAUCGUGGCUCGGUUCCUGAACAUGGCAGACUUGGGUACUGCUUCUCGCGCAGGACGAAGAUCAGAAAUAUUUUCAAGGGGCGGAGGAAUUGUGCAAAGGCGAGAGGAUGGGUCCGAGACCGUCUUGGCCCAGUUAGACGAUCCACGAGACUUGCAGAUAGACCACGAUCACGGGGUCGCAGUUGCAAGGGCGGGCCAUCUGGUUGCUAUCAUGAAGCUAGUGGUGUAAGCUAGUGGUGUAAGUAAGUAUCGAAGUGCGAUGGCCGCUUGCCGCCCGUGACAGUAGUAGUGCGUUGAGGGUUUUUUUUUUGUUUUUGAUUUAUGAAUGCGUGAGAAGCUCGCCUCACGGACGUUGCAAUCCAUGUACGUGUAUGUAUGUGUAUGUAUGAACUAGCGACCUGCUUCCGUUCAUCGUGCGCUCUUGUGCUCAAAAGUUAUAAAGGUAUUCGUGAAUGAA